CAAAUAUAUGAAGGAAUGUCAGAAAGUUACCGAUGAAAAUCCUCAAUUAUACUGGGAGAUAUAUCGGUACUGUUGGGGUUUCGAGGGAUUUCCUGCAGACGAAGAGAGCAGCGAUGAAGCUGAUGGUUCGUCGAAAAACACAGAAAAGCCGAAAAUACCACGAAAACGAUUUCCAUGGACUGACGAAUCAAAGAAACUCGUUCUUGAAAUUGCAAACGCCAGGAGACAUUAUUUCAAAAUUCUCAGAACAAGAAAGGAGAGUAUGGAAUCGUUUGUUGCUACUUUCAUGGAUACGAGUGUCUUACCAUUGUGGCCGCCUGGAUGCGUACGAUUGCAAACUUUGCUGAAAUAUGCUAGUCCCGUUGAACCUGUCAUUAAGAAGAAGAUGAAGAAACCAAAAGAAAUGGUCACUGCAAACAACGUUACCACUUCUGCUAAUACUCAAGUUAGUAAUAUUGUUGUGAAGAACGAGACGACAAAUACGAAUAAUCUUCCGUCUCAAGAAAAUGAGAAGACAAACACGAAUGUAUCUAAAGUUCAGAUUAUUACCGAAAAUUCGACGAAUUUUCCAAGUCAAGCGACAGCGAAGUCUAAUGACGUCAAUACCGAUAAGAAGCAACAUAGUAAUAAAUAUAAAGACAAGCAUACCGAGAAUAGUGCGGGCCAGCAGCAGGAAUGCGCCGCAGUCUCCAUUAAUAAUUUUACAGUUGGUAAAAUUUCUGUAGUACCUACAUCACAACUGAUGGCUCAAAAGCCAGCUAAGAGUCACGUUGAGAAAUUUAAUUUCAUGGAUUUAACGAACAGUUCUUUAUCCAUAACACGUGUUGAUUAUGACAAAUUAACGGCAAAGAUAAAUGAAGCGAUAGAGGAUAGAGUUUCUAUCACAGCAUGUCCGGAACCUGUGAGCCAUUCUAAAACGAACGAAAUUCCCCAAGCUGGACAUCAUUCCGUAUAUAGACAAGAUACUUCCUAUUCAGCACAGGCCUUGAAACACAGGUACUUGCAGGAGAAUACAGACGUUAAAUGCGAAAAGAAAUUGGAUGACAAAGAUGUUGACGCAAUGGUAAACAAAGCUGACAAAAAGGAGAAGAAACGAGAGCGGUGUGUGGAAGUCAAGGUUAAAUCGUCGCACGAUCAAAAGAAAAGAAAGAAAGAUCACAAGAUGAUUGAGCAACAGAUAGGGCCUAACCAAGACGUAGUGCCUAUGCCACAGCAAACGACCCUUUCGAAGGAGGAACAGGAACAAAGGCAAAACGAGGAAACAAUUGCUGCGACUAAUUUCCUCAGUCAGAUCAUCAAUGAUGAUUCUUCGCCGCGAGGAUUAACUGAUAAACGGAAAGACGGCUUCAUUGCGGAUGAUACUUUAGGAAACACAGUACAACCAACAGAACAGGAAAAGGAUGUCCAAAUGGUAAUGAGGUCGUUGAAGGAGUUGCAGGAAUUACAAGAGAUGAAAUUCUCCCCUAAUAAUUCGCCGGUCGGUGGUACCAUACAAAAGCCUGGUAAAUCGAACGCGCAGUAUGUUACUUAUCAGGAGGAUUAUCAACGAUUGUAUCUCAAGAAGGAGGAUAAAAUGAGGUCUAAGGAAGAAGCACAAUGGUAGAAACGACGUACGUUAUCGUCCGUUUUGAAGCUUUGCUUUUCUUGGGAACGGUAGUGACGAUCAGCUAUUAUUUACGAGAGAUAAUAGGCGGGACUCUCGAUAUUUAUAUAAUUUACGUUUUGUUUCAUAUGAACAAUCGAGCGAAGGCUGAUGGAAAAACUUCCACUUAUAUGACGCCACUAUUGGUGAAAUAAAAGGCAAUGCAGCUGUUGAAUAUAGGUUUAUAGCGAUCAUACUGUGUAUGUCGUAUAAGGAUUUCUAAAUAUUUUCGAACAGAAUCCGCCAAAUUAUGUACAUACAUUAUAAAUUCACUAGUGGUAGUUUCGGUUGUAUGUGUACAGAAUAAGUAUAUAAAUUAUGAAAUUCUAGGAUACUCAAAAGAUGUGGAUACACGAGUGAACAAGCGAAUGACGAACGUAAAAUUGAAUUUUCUUUCUAUACCAACUUUGUCGAGAUAAACGUAAAUUAAAUUUUGUUUAUAUUUACUGUGCAGAUACAUUUUUAGAGCUUUAAUAACGAAAAUUCGCUCUCCAUUCAUUUGUUCGGUGUAUGCAUAUCUUAAUAGUAUUUGUAAAUAAGUGAGCAGCGUCCAAUCGCUCCGUGAAUUGGGGUGGUCUACUCCGUAGAUUGGGUGUUCUACAAGAAUUUUAUUUGCAUUUAUUUGACGAGUCGCCUGUGAUUUUUUAAUUGUGAUUUUGCCCCUUAUUUGGUAUUUAAUACUUUCGGUUACAUACGUGUGAUAUUUUGUUUUAAUCAUAAACGCAAGCAUUAAAUGCUUUCUUUUUUUUUUUAUAAAUAACGUCACAAUGUGGGACGAAUAGACUAUUGAUGUCAGUAACCUUUGCUUUAUAUUUUCUUAUAUAUAUUUUUUUUCUUGACCAUCCUAUGUCACAGAGCGAGAAAAAGAUGUCUUGUGUACUGUUCCUCCUUGUGUUUCGGUUGUCAUCAUUAUCGUAAUGUAUGUACGCAAAUGAAAAAUGAGAAUAAUUAAUUUGAUAUACAUAUUAAUUUAUCGAAAUUGCAUUACUGCCUUCCAUGAAUACGAUUUGUCACAGGUCAUUAUAAUUAUAACGGAUUGCACGAUUCGUCAUAGCUAAUUAUAGUUAUAAACGGAUUGCAGAGUGAAAUUAGUAUGUGAAACUGCGGAUAUCGGAUACGCGUGUUAUUUUGUUGGAGCGAAAAGUCACGAUACUUCCAUUGUACAUUAUCGCGUCGGAUAUUUUUUUUGUCGUACAUCACAAUAAAAUGUACCUUCAACGCUUCGUAGUGUUGGAGGAGGGAGUGCGAUUAUCACUAGAGAGAGAAUUAUCAUUAGCUCAAGAAGGUACACGU